AUGGAAAGCAAUGAUUCUGUCAGUUCCCUCAUGGAAAUGGGGAUCCCACGUGAAGUGGCUGUUAAUGCACUUAUAAGGGCUAAUGGUAAUCUAGAAGCUGCUGUGGCAUUUAUAUUCUCUAACGAAAUCCCGCCUGAAAAUAAUGAAACUAGUACUGUUGCCAAUGAUAAUGACACUGGCCAGCAAGAACCAUCUCAAUUGCCUCCAAGAAGCGAAGCAUCAGGAGCGGAUCCGUACCAAACCCACAGCCCUACGCCAGAACACUAUUAUAUGAAAGAUGAGCGGAAUGCUCCCUCAUCCCAAUCUUAUGAGCAACAAGAAUAUAUACCGACUUCAAAUCAAGAAAACGUUACUUCGCAGCAUGGAGAAGAUAGAGACGACGAUGGGGAUAAUAUCCAGGAAAAUGAUGAAAGUACAUUCAGUUCUAGUUCAACAAGUUCACAAUCACCAGCUCCGUCUCCUCCAAAUUAUAAUGUUGUCACCUAUACUCAAUUAAAGGCAAGGGUUACAGAUCCAACGAUUAUAUUGCCAGUACCGAUGAAUUCUCUUUUAGAAAAUUAUCUUGCCUUGAUCAUGUUAGCGAUUGCUAUUAAUAUUCCUACGCCAUUUUUGAGGCCUGAUUUCAAAGACUUAAAUUAUGAAAAUGAUUGGUACAAGGGUAAUUCUUUAAGCAUCCCGAACUAUGGUUUAAAAAUUCAAAAUGAUCACGAUGCUGAUGAUGAAGGUGUUUCUGAACCUAGCGAUACCAAUAUUCUUGACGGUGAAGGCGAAAAGAACAACCAAAGGAAUGAUGAUAUUCAACCAAAAUUAUUAUGGCAAUUACAAAAAUUGAUUUCUGUAGUGAAUUCUACAUUGUCAGAGCGUUCCUAUAUAUCUACAAAAGUGUUUUCAUUGGGAUUGACUCCUGAUGUAAGAUAUACUUUGGCAAAUUAUGAAAAUCUAGCAGAUGUUUUACCUGUUUUCUAUAAAUCUUUAGCUACUGAAAUGGAAAAAUGUGUUGCUAUCUUUGGAAGUGACAUAACUGAGAACGACAAAGUUGAUAACGCUGAUAACGAUAAUAAUAACGGAAACAGCGAAGAGAGAAUGAGAGGAGAAAUGGAAAGUUUAUUUGUAUCUACUGCUAGUUAUGAAGAUGCUGCUACUGGCGAACGUCUCAAGACUCCAGUAACCACAUUAUCGUUCUCACCUGAGGAAUAUGAAUCCAAUUUGUAUAAGAUGUUUAACACAUUACUAUUCCCAGAGAUUGAUAAUCCAUCAAAGACAGCAGUAUCAGAGGGGGAUGUUCCCGGUACGGGGUGUCUAGAUUAUAUCGCUCCGAUAUUCACUGUAGUUUUCCAUGCUAUGGAUUCCACUACUGACGAAGUUGAUUUACCAGGUGGAGUAGAUAUGCCAAUGGAAUUUUAUCCUCAAUUAUAUACCUCCACUUGUAGGGACGCAUUAGUUAGAGAUGUUUUCCCCAGGCGGAAAGAAGCUCAUAGGUUAUCUAAAGAAUUGUUACAAAAGUUUAACCAACUGAGAAGUUUCCAAGGGAAAGAUAUUACCAUGUUUUUGAAAUCCACGAUGGAUUAUUUAACCAAGGAUUGUGGUUCCGAAACUAAGGCUUUGGAAGAGAUGAAAAUUUUAGAAACGUUAAUAAAUAAUGCUAAAAACACUAUAAUGGAGGAUUAUAAGGCACUAUCUGCAGAUUUACAAGGCCCUUUAAACGUUUCUCAUCCCGAGGUUUCAAUUAUAGAUCAAGCAAAGGCAUCGAAUUUGAUUGACGAUGAACCUUAUCUUUUGACAAUGGCUGUUAUUUCACCGUUAGCGUAUUUUAUCAGAAAUAGACAAGGGAAAUGGUAUCUUGUUAGAUUUAAUAUGAUAUCGACUGAAUUUCAAAUUACUGAAUGCGAAUCUAUACGGAACGUUCAAACAGCUAUCAAGCAAUGUACAAUACAUGCCAAUGAGGAGCCUUUAAUGUUCAUAUAUUGUAGAAAAAGCGCAAUACUGGAUGACUUGAUAAUACAGAAAUAUUUGGAGGAUAAUAAGGGCUGUUUACAAUUCUCCAAAGAUGACCAAAUUGCAUUAGAUGUUCUACGUCAGCAAAUAUUUUCAAGCGACGAUAUACAAGACGUACAGGAAGAGAGAAAGUGA